ACUUCGCCUCCUUCUCGAGGCGAAUCCAAAAUAUUUUGGCGCAGGUUUAGGUGUGUCAUUCAGGGGACCCCUACAUACAUCCUACAGUAAACAAAAGCAGACGAAGACUAACGACAUGCCAUGCGAAGUCAUAACGCUCCAAUUGGGCCAGUGCGGCAAUCAGAUUGGUUUUGAAUUCUGGAAAAAGUUAUGUGCGGAACACGGCAUUUCACCAGAGGGCACGCUAGAAGAUUACGUUACGGAAGGAACAGAUCGGAAGGAUGUGUUUUUCUACCAAGCUGAUGAUGAGCAUUACAUCCCUCGUGCUGUAUUGCUGGAUUUGGAGCCUAGAGUUAUCCACUCCAUCAUGAAUUCAGAAUAUGCCAAACUUUACAAUCCAGAGAACAUCUUCGUGUCUAAACAAGGUGGAGGUGCUGGUAAUAACUGGGCUUGUGGUUUCAGCCAUGGAGAACGCAUUUAUGAUGAGGUGUUCGAUAUAAUUGACAGAGAGGCUGAUGGUUCUGAUAGCUUAGAAGGAUUUGUGUUGUGUCACAGCAUAGCAGGUGGUACAGGGUCUGGCCUUGGGUCAUAUAUUCUUGAGAGGUUGAAUGAUAGGUUUCCAAAGAAACUUGUGCAGACCUACUCUGUCUUUCCCAACCAGGAGGAAAUAAGGUAUCCAUCAUAUAUGAACAAUGAUUUAAUUGGCCUAAUUGCACCACUGAUUCCUACACCAAGAUUACACUUCCUUAUGACUGGUUUUACACCACUUAGCACAGAUCAGGAGGUUGCAUCUGUCAGGAAAACAACAGUGUUAGAUGUGAUGAGACGCCUCUUGCAGCCUAAGAAUAUGAUGGUGUCAACUCCAGUUGACAGAAAUGCACAGCACUGUUACAUCUCCAUUCUUAAUAUUAUUCAGGGUGAGGUAGAUCCAACCCAGGUGCACAAGUCACUGCAGCGCAUACGAGAACGAAAAUUAGCUCAGUUCAUCCCCUGGGGUCCUGCUUCUAUCCAGGUUGCCCUAUCAAAGAAGUCCCCAUACAUUCAGUCAGCACAUCGAGUGUCUGGACUUAUGCUUGCCAACCAUACAAAUAUAUCAGCUUUAUUUGAACGAACUAUAGCUCAGUUUGACAAGCUACGUAAAAGGGAAGCCUUUUUGGAACAGUUUCGUAAGGAAGCAAUGUUUACUGAUAACCUGGAUGAGCUUGAUUCAUCUAGAGAGGUAGUACAACAAUUAGUAGAUGAGUACAUUGCAGCUACAACUCCUGAGUAUCUGAAGUGGGGCUUGGACCAAACUACAUCGGAAUCAUAGGAAGCACUUGACGGAAAAAUCUAGUCAUGGGAGCUAUUUUGAGCAUAUCAUUUCUGUGUCAUUUUGGUCAUGGAAGCAUCUGAAGAUAAUUUCCGUUGCCAGUUCUGCAUGGAGGUGAAAGUUGCUGGUUGGUUGGCUGACUGGCAGGUAUAGAUGAAAUCUGCUUCAUGCCAGCAUGGGCCUUUUUGUGCUCUUCAUUUUUAGUCGACACCACAGUGGUAAUUUUAGGUGAGCGAGUGAAUUUUUUUUUCCACUGCCUGGUUGACAUGUGGCCAACUGUGUAAAAAAUUAGUGAUAUUGUCAUCUGUAAGUUAGUGCACUGUAUUGUACUGUUAUCUGCAAGUUAGUGCACUAUAUUGUGAAGUUAUCUGCAAGUUAGUGCACUAUAUUGUACAUUUUGUUGUAUCUUAGCUUUUUAAUUGUGCCUUUGAUUGUUGAUGGAUCUGUUUUCUCGUUGUAAUUGCUAACUCAGUAUUUCAUAAGCAUUAAAAAAAGGUAGAUUGGAAUAGGUAUUUCAUAAGCAUUAAAAAAAUAGAUUGGAAUAAGUAUAGUGCUGAAAUGAUGACAGCUACAGUAAUAUCAGACACAUGCUUAAAAAUAUUUACUUAUUUUUUAUAUUAAUGAGAUGGUGACUGAACAUUCCAUUGCUGCAUGUGUUAGCAUGAAAUAUAUCUGUAAAUAUAUUUGUUGCCAAAAAUUACAAAAUGUGAUCAUUUGCUGGUGAAGUGUUUUGGUGACAAAUAAUAUAGUAUAGAAAGGUAUAAGGCUAUAGUAUUAAAUAAUUUUGCGGUAAGGAUGAAUAGAAUGACUUCAUAUGUAAGUAUUUAUCAUUAGAAAAUUUCAUUGCUUCCAUUUGUAUGAAUGGUAUAAUUAUGUGAACGGAGUUUUUUUAUUUUGGACCAGGAGCCAGUCAUUUGGAGCUACAUUACACUUGAGUACUAGUUCUAAGAGUAAAGAUAACAAAUUGUAAUAUUUGUAAUGUGAGAGCUUACAGCUUCAGCUUUAUAGAUAUAAUGAAGGGACUGUUUGGGAUGUAUGUUGUAAAAAAUUUUGUGUGCCAUAGUAUUUUCAUUCAGAUUUGAUGCAGUGGAAUGUCAUACUAAGAAUAAAAUUAAUUUUAUAUCGUUGGUUUUAUAUUGGAAUUUUCAUUCAGAUUUCAUGUAAUGGAAUGUUAUACUAAGAAUAAAAUUAAUUUUUUA